CAGGGGCGGACUGACCAUUCGAGCACUCGGGCACUGCCCGAGGGCCCGGGGUCAGUAGGGGGCCCCAUGAAAUGCCCAUGGUACCUUUUUUAUAGGCUUUUUUUGAGUGCUUUUUUGAGUUUGGGCAAGGACACAGGGGCCCCAUGAUCCCCUAUUGCCCGGGGGCCCCAUGAGUUGUCAGUCCGCCCCUGAUAUUGUACAUUCACAUCAGUCCCUACCUUCAAGGGGCUUACAAUCAAAGGGCGAUAACUCACAUUGCCAAUUUAGACAGGAGCAUUUACCCUGCCAGCAUGUCUUUGGAACGUCAGAGGAACCGCACACAGACACAGGAAGAACAUGCAAACUCCAGGCACGUAGUGCC